CUAGCAGUUGUUAAUUUUAGGACAAACUCAAGGGGAAACGCCUGCCUGCUUCGCGCGUGACAGGCUUCACGUUUGGAACAUUUGAUAUCACCGCGUUUUUUCGUCUUUUCUUUUUUUAAGUACGUUGCCUGACUCACAUGAAGACAGGGUGAGGACCGCAUGAUGCAAAGGCUCACCAGGGCGGCACUGGCCUUGAACGGCCGCUGUUUUAUCACAGAAAAGCACAUAUCUGCGGUUAAAGUCAUCACUCGAGGGUUAGUGAGUGCAGAACACGGGGACGACUCCGCCAGGAAUGAAGUUUAUGACGUUAUUAUAUCCGGAGGCGGAAUGGUUGGUUCUGCAAUGGCAUGUUCCUUAGGUAUGGAUCCAAACUUAGGGAGUAAGAAGAUACUGCUGCUUGAAGCGGGCAACAAGAAAGUCAUGGACACGGUCCCAGACACCUACAGCACCAGAGUCAGCUCCAUCAGUCCUGGUUCUGCCACCCUCCUCAGCGGCAUUGGCGCAUGGGAGCAGAUUACAAAGAUGAGAUGCAAGCCAUAUCAGAGAAUGCAGGUUUGGGACGCCUGCUCUGAUGCCCUGAUCACGUUCGAUAAGGAGAACCUGCAGGACGAGAUGGCAUACAUUGUGGAGAACGACAUCGUUGUGGCUGCACUCACCAAACAACUCGACAGUCUGUCUGAUAAUGUGCAAGUUAAAUACAGGUCCAAAGUGGUGCAUUAUACGUGGCCCAUGCCCCACCAGGCAGCAGACUACAUCCCAUGGGUCCAGGUCAAGUUAGCCAAUGGAGAGACUCUUCAAACCAAGCUGCUGAUUGGUGCCGAUGGACCAAACUCAAUGGUGAGGCGAGCAUUAGGGAUACCCACAGUCAAGUGGAGUUACGACCAGUCUGCUGUUGUUGCUGUGCUCCACCUAUCAGAGCCCACUGAGAACAAUGUGGCAUGGCAGAGGUUCCUCCCAACAGGACCCAUUGCGAUGUUACCGCUGUCGGACACAGAGAGCUCUCUGGUGUGGUCAACCAGCCAUCAAUUUGCCGAGGAGCUGCUAGCUCUGGAUGAGGAGAGCUUUGUGGAUGCCAUAAACUCUGCCUUUUGGAGUAAUGAGAACCAGUCAGAGACGAUUGAGACAGCUGGCGCUCUGUUCCGCGGCGCCCUGUCAGCCAUCAUCCCGUCUGCAGGCUCACCUCGACAGCUCCCUCCUAGUGUGGCAGGGAUCGGCCCAAAGACACGAGUCAUGUUCCCCCUGGGCAUGGGUCAUGCCUCAGAAUAUAUAAGGCACCGAGUGGCUCUGAUUGGGGAUGCAGCCCAUCGUGUCCAUCCUCUGGCGGGUCAGGGAGUCAACCUGGGCUUUGGGGAUGUGGCUUGCCUCACGCGGCUCCUGAGCCAGGCGGCCUUUAACGGGAAGGACCUGGGAGCGAUCCAGCACUUGUUAGAGUAUGAAACCGAACGACAGAGACACAACCUGCCUAUGAUGGCUGCCAUCGACCUCAUGAAACGCCUCUACUCCACUAACGCCGCUCCUGUGGUUCUCCUACGCACCUUCGGUCUGCAGGCCACCAACAUGCUCCCGACGCUCAAAGAGCAGAUCAUGGCAUUUGCAGGCAAGUGACGUUCUUGCCGUGCAGUGGAUCUCGAGAGACUGUGAGCUGUAAAAAUGUGUUUUUAAGAAACUAAAAUAAUAAAGAUUUAUUUUACUCUA